GGCUGCGGGCGGCGCUGGAUGGGGCAGGACCGCUGGGGGAGGUUCAGAAGGUGUACUGGCAAACCAUCGGCUACCAGCCACCCGCCACACCGCCGUCGGGGGGCUCCCCCUCGUCCUCGCCGCAUCCCACCCCCGCCAGCAGCGGCGCCCGGCUGGACGUGGGGGUGCCUGUGGCGGCGGUGGGCGGGGUGGCGGUGGUGCUGGCUGGGGUGCUGCUGCUGCACCACCGCCGGCAGCGGCGGCAGCGGAGGACGCUAUGGGGUCGCGCGCUGGCGCCGGGGGCUGCACCGGGGACAUCUUUGGUGGUGACGGACAUUGUGGACUCCACGCGGCUGUGGGAGACGGUGCCCUCCAUCGCCAUGUCCAGGGCUGUCCAGAUGCACCAUGACACGCUGCGCUCGCUGCUGGGGUCAUACAACGGAUACGAGUCGGCAACGGAGGGGGACGCUUUCAUCUUGUCGUUCUACACAACAGCCGAUGCGGUGGCAUAUGCGCUGAAAGCCCAGGCCGCGCUGCUGCAUCAGCCUUGGCCGCUGGAGCUGUGUGAGGAGGAGCCCUGCAGGCCGCUGUAUGUGAUGGCCCGGCCCCUCUGCGGCGUCUCCUCUGAGCGACCCCGCGGCUCAGGCCUACCCCGCAGCGGCCUCCUGCCGCUGCCGCUGCCCCUCCCCCUGCCCGGACCCCGCAGCCCGGGGGGACCCUCUCCCGGCCUGGGUCUGUUCAGGGGCGAUCUCCCAGGUCCCCUGCAGCAGCUGGGGUUGGGCUUGACCAGCCUUGCAAGCGGCGGCGGAGGCAGCGGCGGCGGAGGGAUGCUGGGCUCGCCGUUGCGUGGGGCGGCUAGCGGUGAUGUCGGGCUGUCGUCGUCACAGCUGAACAGCGGUGGCGGCGGCGGCGGCGGUGUCAGCAGCAGGCAUGCAAGGGUCCUGCGCGGAGGUUCGGCUUCGCCUGGAUUGCACGCAGGAGCGGAGGAGCAGCAGUCCGCAGCGGCGGCGGCGGCGGCGGGGCAGUUGUACGGCGACAGCGGCAGUCGGCCGCCGUCGUCGCCGCUGCCGUCGCUGGCGCCGCCGCAUUGGCUGUCGUCAGCGGUGUUGUCCGCCUCUUUCCGAAGCCUGCGGAGGAACACAUCGAGCAGGACGCCUGACGGCGGCGGUGGCGGCGGUGGCGGCGGGCCGUUGACAACGCCGGCGGCGACGCUGCUGAGGCGUCAGCCGUCGACGUCGCUGCCGCAGGUGCCAGCUGUGCCGCUGCCGGCCCCGCCAGGGGCACUGCAGCUGCAGACCGCGAUGUCCCUGCCGCAUGGCUCCUCCCCGCUGGGCCGCAGGGCUCCGCAGGUUCAGAACUCAGCCCAGCCUCAGCCUCCUCCUCAGCCGCAACCACAGUCCUCGCAAAUACAAAGUUCCCAUUCAGCACCGAUCCAGUUUCAUGCACGACAGCAGCAGCAGACGGUACGUUCGUACAUUAGGCAUCCACGCACCUUCUUCCGUGAUCGUACGGCAUCCGCAGCGGCGGAGGCGGAGGCGGCGGCGACGCCACAGCAGCAGCAGCAACGGGAGGAUCUUGUAGUUGUCGGCAAUGAGAGCGAUACUGUGAGUCUUAGCACCUGCUCUAGACAGGCGUACGGCAACAACGGCACGGAAGGGGAACAGCGGGACAUAUCUUCCUGCCUGCCACACGCAUCCACGUCAGCAAAUCCGGUGCUUGACGGCGGCGGCGGUGACGGUGGCGGCGGCGGCGUAGCUUCAUCAUCCGUACCGCUGUCCAUCGCAAUGCGCCAUGCAACGGCGACAACCGCCCCAACAGCCGACCCUGUCCCGACCUCCUUGAUUCCCCCGUCAACCGCUAUCAGCCCCUGUACUAGCCCGAGAUUCACAGCGCUGCUGACCGACACGGUUUCAAGUGGGGAGCCAGUGACAGUGGCGGAGGCGGCGGCACAGUUAGCGGCAUCGAACGAGGCUGCACUCACGACAACGACCGUGUCUUUACCGGCCCCGCUGCCGCUACUGCACUCCACGGGCUCUCGGCUCCGGUUUGUAGACACCAAUCCCGUACUGAUGGGGUUAGACUCCUCUGACGUCAGCUUUUCGGGUACGGUCGUAACCGAAAUAACGGUGGCAACCGCAACCGUAACGGCAGCGGGAACUGCUGUAGGGGCGACGGCGGCCGCCAGCAGCGGCAGCGGGGGCGGUACCAGCCCGCCGGCUAGCGGUAACGGUCUGUGGGGCUCACUGGCUCAACUGCAACGCCGACUGACCCCGCCGCUGAGUGCACUGGGCACCUCCCUGGGGGCAACCGGCGGCGCAGGAGCGACCGGUUCGCGUGUUAGUAGCGAGGCUCCCAACUCUGGUGGCGGCGGCGGCGGUACGGCAUCUUCCGGCAAUGGCGGCGGCUUCUUAACCUCCAGCGGAGGUGGCGGCGGCUACUACACCGCCGCCUCCGCCGCCGCUGCUGUCGCCGGCGCCGUACGCACCUUAACGCUUGGCGCCUACUUCCAACAGCUCUACCGUCCUUGCGCAGUGGGGGAGGAGCCGCCUCCAGGCUCGGUGCUGGUGUUUGGGGGCCUGCAAGUGCGCAUGGGGAUCCACGCGGGCGUGGCGGCGGGGCAGGUGUCGUACAACAAGGUGGCUGGUCGUACGCAGUACAGCGGGGCGGUGCUGGAGGGGGCCAAGGCAGUGGGGGACGCCGCGCAGGGUGGCAUGGUACUGCUCAGCGAGGCAGCAUUCGAUCAACUUGUACGGCCGACGGAGACCGCCGGCAGCCGCGGCCUCGGGGGCGGCUUGUUGCACUUGGGCGGAGGUGGCGGCGGGGGCGGCGGAGGCAGUCGUGAUGCGCUGCAGGUGCUGCUGCUGCACAUGGGGCGUCACCUGCUCAAGUCGGGGCCGGAGGCCGUGACGCUGUACAUGGCCCAGAGUCGCGACCUGCUCCCGCGCAUGGCGCUCCUCUGCCCCUCCUCCUCCUCGGCUGCUGCCGCCGCCGCCGCCGCCACAACCGGAGCAACAAACGCCCCCGGACUACUGCCCGCAUCGCCACCAGCAGCAGCGGACGUGUCCCCGGUCCGCAGCGUGUGUGAGUUGGAGCGGGGUGCGCUGCAUGCGCCGCUGGGGGAGGUGGCGAUGGCGGUGCUCAUGGUGGUGGGGCUGCCCACCCUGCUGGCGUGGAACAAGGAAGUCACGGAGGCCGCACUGGCCACCUUCCGCUCCGUGGUGGUGGCCACGGCGCUGCGGCAGCUGGGUGGGCAUCUGGUGGAGGUGGAGGCGGGCAGGGUGGUGGCAGCGUUCAGACACCCCUACGAGGCGGUCAGGUGGGCUGCUGCCUGCGCGGCGCUGCUGAAGGAGGCGGAGUGGAGCGAGGCGCUGCUGAGUCACGAGCUGGCGGAGGAGGUGACGGGGUCGGUGAUGAUGGACUCACUCAGCAUGGUGCCAGAGCACGGCGGCCCCGCAGACGAGGGCGACGACAACGAGCCCACCCGGCUGCUCUUCCGCGGGCUGCGCGUCAAGGGCGCAGUGGACGUGGGCCCCACCCGCGCGGAGCUGCUGCCCGCCACCGGCCGCCCCGCGUACCGGGGACCGCUGGCAGCAAACGUGCAGCGCAUCGCAGCAUACGUUUCGACUGGGCAGGUGGUGUGCACCAGCCCCGUCUGGCACGGCUACGAGUCCGCAGUGGCACUUGCAGCAGCGCUGGGCGCCCCCGGCUGCGAGGUGCUGGGUGCGGAGGAGGCGGCCACACCGCUGGUUGGGGCGCCGCUGGGUCCGCACUGCAUCCGGGGUGUGGGUGACAAGGUGGAGCUGUGGAGCGUGCGGUUGGCGGAGGAGUUCGAGUGUGCGGCGGCGGCGGCGGCGGCGGUGGAAGCAGCAGAAGCAGCUGCUGCUAUUGCAGGCGGCAGCGGUGGUGGCGGUGGUGGUGGUGGGGAGUCUGUUGUGGAUGAGAUUUCGUUUUACAUGAUGUCUGAACAGCAGCUGCUGGUGGUGGUGGUACUGUUGCGGAGCGGUUGGGCUGCAGUUUGGCGGAGUUGUUGCCGGGGGCUGCGAGGGUGUGGGAGAUGAGUGGGGAGGAGCUACGGGGCUUGAUAGCAGAGGUGGCGUGAGGUGGCGGGGUGGUGUGGGGCUGCUUGCGUAUGACGGUG